GUAACCUAUCGUACUAUAGACGCGAUACGGUGUGCUGUCGUAUCGGUGCUGUACGAGUAAUUCUUGCGGUACUGGUUAUUGGCCCCCUUCUCCCCCAAUUUGGCUGCGGUACAAGUACUUUGAUACGCGUGCGGGUAUUCGGUGAUACGGGUCCGGUCCGGUACCGCAGAGUGAUAACAUCGCUGCUCGCCACAGAUGGACGGUCAAACACUCAUUCGCACCUCGUUGAGGCUCUUCCGCCCGAACCUGACACCGCGAAUACCGGUAUCGGUGCAGACUCCUCUCUUCGCCGCACCCAUCCAACGACAGCACCUUCGAACCCUUUCCACCGCUGAUUAUUCGGAACCUGAUGUUUCGCCUCGGGAUAAAAGUACGGUAUUAUAGAUGGCCUGUCCUGAUUGGGACAUUUAUGAUCGACACCUUUCAGCUGUUUGGACUAUCGACUGAUGGACUAUUCGUUAUAGUUUUCAUUGCCAUGUCUUCUGGGGUUGAUUCCUCUGUAGCAGCUGCACUCUUGCUACGCUCCGAGCAUCCACGGGAAAACCUGUUACCGUUUUACAUGGCUAAUUGGUCCCCCUCCGCCGGUCCGGACCCUCUCCCACCACCGCCAUCGGCGUUCGGCAGAGCUCAACGAGAUCCUACCUUGGUUCGACCACAAUCCAACCGAGGAUCCCUGAGAUGCACAGAGAGGGAAUACAAUGACGUCAAGGAUGUCUGCAGAGCUCUGGGUUUGUCUGAGCCCAUAUAUAUGAACUUUGAAAAGGAGUACUGGUGCGAAGUAUUCCUUCCUAUGCUCGAUAUGUACCGAUGCGGAAAAACCCCAAAUCCGGACGUUGGGUGUAAUCGUCACAUCAAAUUCGGCGCUGUUAUCAAGAGGUUGAGGGAUGAAUUCCACAGGAGGGGCGGGGAGGUGACGGAAAGGGAGAGCAAGUGGUGGUUGGCAACUGGUGAGUGUGUCUCGCUGGGUCUAGACAAAUGAUUUCUGCGCCUUCCCUUCUCCCCAAUUUCCAUCCGUAUAUUAUUGAGCACUACUGAUUUAUCCCCUCAGGCCACUACGCUCACGUCCUGUAUCAUAUCCCUACUAAAGCCCCCCACUUACUCCGUUCUAUCGAUUUAAACAAGGAUCAAACCUUUUAUUUAUCGACAUUGCGUCAAGAAGUUCUUUCCCGACUUCUAUUUCCUCUAGGUUCUUACAGACUCUCCAAGCCAGCCGUUAAAUCCCUCGCCCGCGAGCUUUUACUACCGGGGUGGCGUCCGGGACAGACCGAACGCCCAGAAAGCAUGGGGCUUUGUUUCGUGGAGCCUGCGGGUGGGAAGGGGCAAACUGGGUUUCGCCGUUUCUUGUCGGAAUUUCUUGAGCCAGAGCCGGGCGAUGUAAUAAUCGGACCGUCGAAGAAAUAUCCCGGGGAGAACGAAUCUAAGGGAACAUGUGCAUCGGAGGGUGCCAUUGUGGGGAGGCAUGCGGGGCUUUGGCAUGCGACUAUAGGAGAAAGGGCCCGGUUUCAAUUACCGCAGGGGAGUCCAGAAUACCGAGGCAAAUGGUACGUUUCUGGGAAGAAUAGACAACUCAAUACUUUGGAGAUCGUGAGAGGCCUGGAUAACGCUAGGUUAUAUGGGAAGGGAAUGGUUGUUGAGAAAUGGAGAUGGCUAGGGGACGAUGCUGCAGAUAUAGUUCAAGAACAGUCAGCUUCCAGUAGGGGAGGUUUGGUAGCUCAAUUCAGACACAGACAAAUCCCCUUAAAGGUUUCUGUCGUGGAACAAUCUGGGGGAUCUGGGCGCCAAUCAUGCUUUGAAGAGUAUGAGCCCCCCGAGCUGAGGAUUAUCUUCGACAGUCCAGCGAUGGCUAUCGCUCCUGGACAAAGCGCAGCGCUGUGGUUCGGGGACAGGUGCCUGGGGGGAGGCGUCAUCAGAGAUGCUAUAGAAUUGGAUUAGUGAAGAUUGUAUCAUCCUCUUGGUUUGCGACCUUAACCCCCGCUCAACCUGUACGCAGAGAUAUCAUAGUUCCUGACAGUGCGGUUCGGCAGCUCACUUCAUACCCCAUGUUCGGGGAUCGGACAGCAAAUCAAAGACCUUCAGCGGGAAACGCCCAUUCCAGAAUUAAGACGACUUUACUUCCACCUCGUAGCAUUGCUUUGAGUCUUCCAAUUCCUACCAGCUAUAAAAUUGCAUCAUCAUCAUUAGACUAGGAGAUGAGGCGCAUUUGUGUCGUCUUAAGCGUUUGAUUGCCCAUUACCAUCCGCCAGAUAUUUCCCUUGGCUUGUC